AUGACUUCAAAAGGCAAAGAGAUCUAUAAUACAAUAAAACGUUCACUUGGUUCGCAAUCAUUCAGCAGCGCCAGUUCAUCGAGCACCACAAAUGGGGUACGAUACGUCGGUGGCUCAUCAACCAAAUGGAUCCAUCCACCUGAUAUUUUGCUGAAUGGUCGUGUGGAGUAUUCGGUGAAAAUGCUCGGAUUCACUGAGGUAACAGAGCCAAAAGGAACGCAUGUCAUCCGAGACGCUAUCCACGCCAUACGUUUUCAGCUUCAGGUGAACCGAGGCAUUACUGGACAUUCAGGAUCGAAACUGAAAAAAGUGGAUUUACAAAUUAGCGUGGAUGGUCUAACAAUUAUUGACUCAAAGACAAAGAUGAUUCUCUUCAAAUAUCCGUUGCAUCGAAUCUCAUUUUGUGCUGAUGACAAACAAGAUAAAAGAGUUUUUUCAUUCAUUGCAAAAGCAGAAUCUUCGAGUCGGCAUGAUUGUUUCGUGUUUUUGAGUGAAAAACUUGCCGAACAAAUAACUCUGGCCGUUGGCGAAGCAUUUGAUCUUGCUUAUCAGAAAUUUCUAGAAAAAAAUGGACGAGAUUUGGAAAAUCGCAAGCAGCUCAUCGUUUUGAGGAAGCGAAUAGUAGAACUUGAGCAUGAAAAUAAUGAGCUGAAAGAGAAAUUAGCACGCGCAUUAAGAAGCCAGGAAGAACCAGUACCACCGUUGCCGAGUACACCAAUGCCUCGCGAGCCACCGCCUGGUAUUGCAACAAAUGAGGUUAUACCAGCGAUCGUGCCACCUCCAAUGAUCCCGAGGAGACAUCAUGGAUACACCGCUGUAACAAAUAAUGAGCCUUCGGAUGCAAAUGCGCCACAGGUGGGAAGGCGACUGGAAAAUUUACAGUUGGAUAAAAUGGAGGAUCUCUUCGAUGAUGAAUUUGAUCCACGGGCGGAUGAGCGGAAAAAAGCAGCCGAAGCAAAAAACAAGGAUAAAUUUGGUCUCGACCCAUUUGGUGAUGAUUUCAUGAACGAUGUUCUUGUGGAUAAACGUCUAACGGAAUUACGCGAUGGAUUUGCGUCCGGUUUGGCAAUGGGUGAUACCGGCGAUUCGGCCCGUGAUUUGCACACCAUCUACAGUAUCCCGACGCAAUCUCCGGAAGCCAGUGCUGCUGGUGGUGAUCUGAAAUCGCUAACGAAUCCCAGCAAUCAAAAUGGCCACACAUGA